AUGUCCUGGUCGGGGAACUCGUUAUCAGGUGGCUACAAACUUCCUGCGAAAGUCGAGCGCAGGGGCAGAAAAGAUGGCGGCGGGAAAUACGUGUGCAACAGGUGCGGCAAGUCCUACAAAGCGACCACGUCCCUGAGCAGACACAAGCGACUCGAAUGCGGUGUCAUCCCUUGCGAAGUCUGUCCAAUUUGUCACAGACGGUUCAAGCACAAAUUCGUCCUGAACUCGCACAUAGUCGGCUGCGAGAGGAAGCUGAGAGAGAUCAUGGAGAAGAAGAGUCUCGUCAUCUCUGGGGUGUGGACCGUCAAGAAGAAGAAGAAGUCCGCCCCCGUGGACGACUAUCCCGACACGCAGUCCGACAGGUCGUCUCCGGUGUCCCUGACGGCAAGGACGUCGGACCUCGGCAAGAAGGUCUUCAUCUGCGGCCAAUGUGGCAAGGAGUACGCCUGGAUGUGGAACCUACGUCGACAUCAGCUACAAUGCGGCAACAAGGAGGCCAGGAACGAGUAUGCGACCAUCAUCGGGGAGGAAAUCGCGGCCAUGGAGUUGUCCUCCGACGUCCUGGACAUCGUCGAGAAGCUGGACAAUUUCCCACGCCACCGAGGACAGUCUACUCCUGUUAACGACCAGCGAUUCCUCUGCGGGGAGUGCGGCAAAGGGUACAAAUGGAUGGAUAAUCUCAGGAGACACCAGAGAUUGGAGUGCGGAAAACUGCCCAAGUACCGCUGCAAGGGCUGCCUGAAAAUGUUCUACAGGAGAUACGAGCUCACCAAGCACAUCAAUUCGAAGCACCGCGGCAUCGGAUCGUCCCGACAUCAAGGCUCCAACAUCCCGAAGGCUACCUGGUUGAUCAAGACUCUAGGUUUCCUGGAGAACGCGACGAACAGCGAGGGAAAAAUCGCCGUGCUACCGAUUCCGCCAUCAUCGAUGCCAAGCCCAAUCGCUUCGAAAAACAGGCCUACAAAAUUGAAGCCCAACAUCAUCGUUCGCAAGCCCUCGAAAGUGACGGAUUUGCAUCUCUGUCUCUCCUGCAAAAUCGGAUUCACCGACGUGGCGACCCUCGAAAGACACGUCAAGUAUUUCUGCGGAAGAUCGACCAAGUCCCAUUGUUGUGGAUCUUGCAAGGAGCAAUUUCAGACCCAAACCGAGUUGGACAAGCACAUGAUGGAUUAUGCGGCGCAGCCAUUCCCCGGCCGAACUAUGUUCUGGGUUCCUGGGACGACGGACACGAGUUCCCCGGUUUCCUCCGGUUGUUCUAAAUCCAACAAGCAAUACUACGUGUGCGGGGAGUGUGGGAAGUCGUACACGUGGAUGGACAGUUUGAGGAGACACCAGAAAUCCGAGUGCGGCGACAAGGAGGGCCGCUAUUCCUGCAGUUUCUGCGGCCGGAAGUUCUUCCGAAGAUACCAGCUGAAAGACCACGUGUCGAUAAAGCACAUGGCGGAUCCUGGACCAUUCUAG